AUGUUGGGCACCUAUAAAAUCCCUCAGGUCACUUAUGCUUUUGUCUCUCAUGUUCUGAAUGAGAAGAGGCAGUUUCCUUUUUUCUACCGGAUGGUCCCCAAAGAAGAAGCCCUGUACCCAGGGAUUGUCAAGCUGCUCCAGCACUUCCGAUGGACCUUGAUUGGCCUCCUUGCACCAGACACUGACAACGGAACAAACUACGGUGAUUUCCUGCCCCUAUUGCUUGCUAUCAAUGAGUUUGUGGAGGAAGGUUUUAAUUGUUCAUAUUUAAAGCAUGCACUGACAGUGAAAGGCUGGACAAGAUGCAGAGAGAGAGAUAAUCUGGAUUUGCUGCCACAAGAUGACUGGGGGGGAAUCCUGUCUCUCGACAACCACAGGAUUUACAACACGGUCCAAGCUGUGGCACACGCCUUAAAUGCUGCAGAUUCGUCAAGAUCUAGGCAAAGAGUGGCAGGCAGUCUGAACAUUCAAAAGCUACAGCCAUGGCAGACCCUGCCUCCUUCCAGGUGUGUGGAAAGUUGCCGCCCUGGAUUUGUCAAGAUGGUUCAGGAAGGAAAGCCACUCUGCUGCUACGACUGCAUUCCCUGCCCAGAAGGAACCAUCUCCUCUCAAGAAGAUGCAGAGCAUUGCGCCAAGUGUCCAGAGAAUCAGCAUCAAAACAAGGACAAAGAUCAAUGUGACCCUAAGGUUAUCACCUUCCUGACUUAUGAAGAAGACAUGGGGAUUGUCCUAUCUUCCUUUGCUCUAUUCUUAUCAAUAACCACAAGUUUUGUGUUAGGAAUCUUCAUUACAUACAAGAAAACUCCCAUAGUAAAAGCCAACAACAGAGAUCUCUCGUACAUCCUCCUUUUCUCACUCCUGCUUUCAUUUUUGUCUUCCUUCCUCUUCAUUGGCCGGCCAAGGAAAGUGACCUGCCUUCUCCAGCAAUCUGCCUUCAGCAUCAUCUUCUCACUUGCCGUCUCUUCUGUGCUGGCCAAAACCAUCACUGUGGUGCUGGCCUUCCUUGCUACAAAGCCAGGAAACAAGGUGAGGAGAUGGCUAGGGAAAUGUCUGGCCAACUCCAUUGUCAUUUCCUGUUCCAGUGUCCAAGUUGCCAUCUGCAGCAUCUGGUUGGGAAUCUUUCCCCCAUUCCCAGACUCUGACAUGAAGUCCCAACCUGGGCAGAUCAUCCUGCAAUGUAAUGAAGGGUCUGCUGCCAUGUUUUAUGGUGCCCUGGGCUACAUGGGCUUUCUGUCUGCCAUCUGCUUCACGGUGGCUUUCCUAGCCAGGAAACUGCCUGGGUCCUUCAAUGAAGCCAAGCUGAUCACCUUCAGCAUGCUGGUCUUCUGCAGUGUUUGGGUGUCUUUUGUUCCCACCUACCUGAGCACCAAGGGGAAAUACAUGGUAGCCGUUCAGGUCUUCUCCAUCUUGGCCUCCAGUGCUGGGCUUCUGGGCUGCCUCUUCCUUCCCAAGUGCUACAUUAUUUUAUUGAGGUCUGAUCUGAAUACAAAGGCAUAUAUUACAACAACUAAAUUAGAAAUCUGA